UUUGUUUAGUGGGCUAAAAGUCGCGUGGAGAUUUGUUUCUCUGCACACAUUCUUUCAAAAAUUAAUGUGAAAAACAAUGAAGAAAAUCAAAAGUUACGUGCAAUUCACAAAGGCCGAAUUGGAAAACUACACGCGCGAUGAAAGUUCCUGCGUCGAACGGAUGAACAACACAAUCCACAUUGAUUUCCCACCAUGGGGAAUGAAUAACUUCCAAGAUUCCCUGAUAAGUAGUGUGGCUACCAAGAAAAUUGGUAAUUUCGACGCAACCCUCAAUGGCAUUGUGCUGGAUGUGAAGAACAUAAAGCUACAGGGAGAUAUGAAUCUUGUCCGCUACGAUGCACCGGAAUUGCAUUUGACCAUCCAAGCUGAUUUCUACCUCUUCAAACCACGAACAGAUGCAAUCCUCAGGGGUAUUGUGAAUCAUGUGUCCCGGGAUCACAUAUCCGUCGUCAUCUAUCGCGUCUUCAAUGUUUCCAUCAAACUCAGCCAGGCACACGGGAGGCAUAGAUUAAAAAUUGGCGAUGAAAUAACAUUCAAAGUGAAGAAGUUUGAUUUGCAGAACAUUCUGCCAUACAUUGAGGGUGAUCUCAUGGAUCGCGAUAGCAUGGAUAGUGGCAUGAGUACGUCUGAGGAGAGGGGUGAAGGUAGCAACAUCAAGUACUGCACUGAUUCUGACUGGGAUACCGACAAGGAAACAACAGAACAACCCCCAAUUGCUGUGAAGACUGAAAACUCCAAACGAAGCCAAGACUCAUCUUCUUCCUCUGAUGAGGAAGAUGAUCGAAAGAGCUUAAUCCGGGGAAUAAUUGAGAAGCAAAAAAUUAAACAAGAACCCAAAACUCCUCCUUCAACGUCCCCGGAAAAAUCUCUCCCUGAUGAACGAUCAAGCGUGAAGAAGUUAAAGAAGAGGGUAACCAUCGCACCAGCAGAGGACUCAAAAUCAGAUUCAGAUAGACACAGUGUGCGUAAGGAAGCAGUUGGGAAGAAAAGGACAAAAAAGACGAUAGAAGCAGCAAAAGUACCGAAAGUCACCACCCCCGGUGAUUCCUCAACUUCCGACUCCGAUGAUGACUCAAUAAGCAACCUCCUUGUCAACAGGGUGAAGCGAGAGAAAGAACAAUCAAAUACAUCAAUGGAAAAUGACGCCCCAUCGAGGAAGAAAUCACGAAAGGAUAAUGAAUCAUUGCAGCUUGACAGUCCUCAACUGUCCUCCACGAAAAUACAUGAGAAUGAAUUGAGUAAGAAGGGAAAAUCGAAGAAAAAGUGAUUUUUCCCAAAAAAACAAAAAACCUUUCAAGAUUAGGACUAAAUAAAGGAAAUUUUAAGAAAACUUA